GAUCAAAAUGCACGCCGCAAAGCGCUGAAAGUGCUGUGCGAGUGGCCUUAAUCACGGCGGCUCCCCUGGAAGGGGACACGUCACUAGCCCCAUUUCACGGAUGAGGAAGCCGCCGCCAUGGCACAGACCCUGCAGAUGGAGAUCCCAAACUUCGGCAACAGCAUCCUGGAGUGCCUCAACGAGCAGCGGCUGCAGGGCCUGUACUGUGACGUGUCCGUGGUGGUCAAGGGCCACGCCUUCAAGGCCCACCGGGCUGUGCUGGCUGCCAGCAGCUCCUACUUCCGGGAUCUGUUCAACAGCAGCCGCAGCGCCGUGGUGGAGCUGCCGGCGGCCGUGCAGCCCCAGUCCUUCCAGCAGAUCCUGAGUUUCUGCUACACGGGCCGGCUGAGCAUGAACGUGGGCGACCAGUUCCUGCUCAUGUACACGGCUGGCUUCCUGCAGAUCCAGGAGAUCAUGGAGAAGGGCACCGAGUUCUUCCUCAAGGUGAGCUCUCCCAGCUGCGACUCGCAGGGCCUGCACGCCGAGGAGGCCCCGUCGUCCGAGCCGCAGAGCCCCGUGGCGCAGACGUCGAGCUGGCCAGCCUGCGGCACCCCGCUGCCCCUGCUGUCGCGCGUCAAGACGGAGCAGCAGGAGUCGGACUCGGUGCAGUGCAUGCCCGUGGCCAAGCGGCUGUGGGACAGCGGCCAGAAGGAGGCCGGGGCUGGCGGCAGCGGCAAUGGCAGCCGCAAGAUGGCCAAGUUCUCCACGCCGGACCUGGCCGCCAACCGGCCACCCCAGCAGGCCCCGGUGGUGGCGGCGGCACAGCCCACUGGGGUGGCUGUGGCGGUGGCGGCCGGGGCCGGGGCUGGGCAGCCGGCUGGGGGCGCAGCAGCCACAGGGGGCGUGGCAAGCGGGCCCAGCACCUCGGAGCGAACCAGCCCGGGCACCUCGAGCGCCUACACCAGCGACAGCCCCGGCUCCUACCACAACGAGGAGGACGAGGAGGAGGACGCGGGCGAGGAGGGCACAGACGAGCAGUACCGGCAGAUCUGUAACAUGUACACCAUGUACAGCAUGAUGAACGUCGGCCAGGCCGCCGAGAAGGUGGAGGCCCUCCCCGAGCAGGUGGCCCCCGAGUCCCGGAAUCGCAUCCGGGUGCGGCAAGAUCUGGCGUCUCUCCCGGCCGAACUCAUCAACCAGAUUGGCAACCGCUGUCACCCCAAGCUCUACGAUGAGGGUGACCCCUCGGAGAAGCUGGAGCUGGUGACAGGCACCAACGUGUACAUCACGAGGGCGCAGCUCAUGAACUGCCACGUCAGCGCGGGCACGCGGCACAAGGUCCUGCUGCGGCGCCUCCUGGCCUCCUUCUUUGACCGGAACACGCUGGCCAACAGCUGUGGCACCGGCAUCCGAUCUUCCACCAACGACCCCAGACGCAAACCGCUGGACAGUCGCGUCCUCCACGCCGUCAAGUACUACUGCCAGAGCUUUGCCCCCAACUUCAAGGAGAGCGAGAUGAACGCCAUCGCGGCCGACAUGUGCACCAACGCCCGGCGCGUCGUGCGCAAGAGCUGGAUGCCCAAGCUCAAGCUGCUCACGGCCGAGGGCGACGCCUACACCACCUUCAUCAGUGACACGGGCAAGAUGGACCCGGACAUGAUGGGCGUGGAGCACGGCUUCGAGCCGGCCAGCCACGACAGCGAGGCCGGCCCCUCGGCAGAGGCCCUCCCAUAACCUGCGCCAGCCUCCCGAGGGGCCUAGCUCUCGUCUCCCUCCACACCCGCCCGCCGUCCUGGUCACGACUACUGUCCCUCCCUCCCCGGACCCACGGGGGGCGCUGCAUGCUCCCGGCCCCUCUGCCCCGCCCCACCCCAACCUCCACCCGAGCGGGCACGGCUGGGGCGGGCGGGCGGGC